AUGGCCUCUUUGCUGGGCUCGGGCAGCGCCAACCCGCGGAAGUUCAGUGAGAAGAUCGCGCUGCACACGCAGCGCCAGGCCGAGGAGACGCGGGCUUUCAAGCAGCUCAUGACCGACCUCACCCUGUCGCGGGUUCAGUUUCAGAAGCUUCAGCAACUGCGCCUGACACAGUACCAUGGCGGGUCCUUACCCAAGGUGAGCCAGCUGCGGAGCAGUGCGUCGGAAUUCCAGCCGUCCUUUCAUCAAGCCGACAGCGUGCGGGGCACCCGCCACCACGGGCUGGUGGAGAGGCACUCGAGGACCCGCUUCCACCCGCUCCCACGGCCGGGAGACAAGCCGGGGGGGCGGGGGGGGGGGCGGCAGUUUGAUGGUAGCACUUUUGGAGCCAAUUACUCCUCACAGCCCCUGGACGAGAGUUGGCCAAGGCAGCAGCGUCCUUGGAAGGAAGAAAGGCAUCCUGGGGUCAGGCUGACAUCUGCGCUUAACAGGACCAAUUCUGAUUCUGCUCUUCACAUGAGUGCUCUAAGCACCAAGCCCCAGGACCCCUGGCCGGCCGCGUACAUGGGUUUCUGUGAUGGUGAGAACAAUGGACUUGGGGAAGCGAUGACUUUCCCUGGUUCACUGAAAGAAGAGAAUCUGUUAAACGUUCCCAAGCCACUGCCAAAGCAACUGUGGGAGACCAAGGAGAUCCAGUCGCUGUCAGGGCGCCCUCGAUCCUGUGAUGUUGGCGGCGGCGGCGCUUUUCCACACAACAGUCCAAACAUGGGCCUCUCCCCCUUUCUGGGGACCCUGAACACCGGAGGGUCCCUGCCAGACUUAACCAACCUCCACUACUCGGCGCCGCUGCCGGCCUCCCUGGACACCGGCACCCCCCUCUUCGGUGGCAUGAGUAUGGGGAACAGUGUGGGCAACCUUCCAGCUGCUAUGACUCACCUGGGCAUCAGAAGCUCUUCUGGUCUCCAGAGCUCCCGGAGUAACCCCUCCAUCCAGGAACUCAAUAAGACAGCGCUUUCCUCUUCCCUGAACAGCCACCCGCAGACAUCGCCCAGCACCUCUGCUCUCCACCCUUCCCUGCGCCUCUUUUCCCUCAGCAACCCCUCUCUCCCCACCACAAACCUGAGCGGCCCCUCUCGGCGCAGGCAGCCUCCCGUCAGCCCUCUCACGCUCUCUCCUGGCCCCGAAGCACAUCAAGGUUUCAGCAGACAGCUCUCUUCCACCAGCCCGAUGAACCCCUAUCCUGCCUCGCAGAUGGUGUCCUCUGAUGGGAGCCCGCUUUCCUUCCUGCCCACAGAGGCUCAAGCUCAAGUGUCCCCACCUCCCCCGUACCCCCUGCCCCAGGAGCUCCCUCAGUCUCUCCUGCAGCAGCCCCACGCCCAGGAGCCCCCUGCUCAGCAGCCACAGGCAGCCCCGUCCCUGCCACAGUCAGACUUCCAGCUCCUCACGGCCCAGGGCUCGUCUUUGACCAGCUUCUUCCCGGAUGUGAGCUUUGACCAGCAGUCCAUGAGGCCGGGCCCAGCUUUUACUCAGCAGGUGCCCCUGGUGCAGCACGGCCCCCAGGAGCCACAGGACCCGUUUCAUUUGAGACCAAACCUGUAUUCCAACUGCGGGAAUUUCCCAAACACCCUCCUGACAGAAGACUCAAGUUCUGGCCUGUUCAGAGACCUCGGCGGGGAGCUGGAGGGCAUGCCCGAGGUCAGUCUGAACAUGGACACCUCAUUCCCAUUGGACGAAGAGCUCCAAAUCAAGCCCCUGAGCCUGGAUGGGCUCAACAUGCUAAGUGACUCCAGCAUGGGCCUGCUUGACCCCUCUGUCGAAGAGACGUUUCGAGCCGACCGACUGUGAACAGAAGGGAACGGGGUGGAAUAAUUUAUAUCUGAAC